CGUCAUUGUCGCUUUCACUUCAUCUUAUCUAGUAAUCUUUCUACCCAUUCUUUGCCAACUGUCACCACCUGGCUAUCCACGGCAGAAGGGUGAGUACCACUUUCGGAGUGCUCUGCAAACCCCUUCUAUAAGCUUCCUUCGCUAAUGGCGACAAAUAGAUGCUGUCUCAGCGGAUUUUGACCCGGCGUCUGCCCCAGGCGGUAGUUCGCUAUAGCGCCCCUCGCGCCUCUUUCUCACGAGGCCGGAUUCUUACGGCUGCGGAGCUUGACGAUCCUUUGCAGAAUGGCAAUUAUCAGAAUCCUCCUCGCGUUAAGCGUGCCUUCAGAGACCCUCACGGCGACUGGUGGGACAAACAGGAAAGACGGAACUUUGGAGAACCAGUUCAUGAGGAGAAUGAAAUCCUCGGGGUUUUCAGUCCUGAACAGUAUACUCACGUUACGGCCCGUAGGGGCUUCUUCCAUCUAGGAGUGUUCGUUGCAACAUUCCUGGGGUUCUGUGGUGUCGUGAGCUAUUACUAUCCUGACAAGCCCAGCGUUCCAAAAGCAUACCCGGAAGGCCUGGAGAAGGAACUUGGAGGACCUAAUGCUGUUCGGGCUCGCAACUCCAGCGAGGACUCUUGGUAGUUGGUUGAUAUUGCUAUCUUAUGUUGUGUAAAUAAAUAUAGUAUGAUUUUCUCUUUCGGCGUCAAUCGAAGGUUUGAUUGUCGAUGGGUUUGGUGUGAGGGCGGCUUUUCACCGGCUGACCUGCUCCCCUACACCUAAUGGCCUCAACUUUCACUCCCUACUUCGAGUUGAUCUAGGGCGUGCGUAGUCUCCCUAUGGUAAGAUUAGUCCAGCUAGAUGAGGGCAGUCAGGGAUCAAUGAAGAUGAGCGUCGAUAAAGGCA